CUGCCCCGGAGUCGAGGGCGAGCAGCGGGCCGGGGUGGGCCCCGCGCGCGCCGGGAGGAGGGAGUGCCCGCCACCGCCGCGGUCGCCGCGUGCUCGGCUGUCCCCGCCCAGAGACCCGGAGCCUCCAACUAACUCCGCCCGCCGCUCCGCCGCCCGCUGGCUCCGGCUUCCGUCCCGCACCGAGCCCGCGGUCGCGCAGGUUGCCAAGCACAUUCAGAACCCCACAUUCCACAUUUUUCAUAAGAGAAACUGUUCUGAAUGAUGACUGACGCGCGUUUGUGUGAUAGCCCUUACAGUCCCUGUCAUUCCGGAGUGAUAAGGAACUCGCACGUCUAGCCCCAGCACCAGGGCGAAGCAGCAGUUCUGGAGGAAGGCAGGCUUCCGCUGGCCGCCCGGGCAGAAGUACCGCCUUCCCACGGGUUGCUGCCCGCGGCUCGUGACCGAGACACCUCGCCGAGUCCAGCUCGUGGCUCUCGCAGGCAGCUGGCGUGUGGCCGCCGCAGGACGCCCGCCGCGCCCGGGCCAUGAAGUAGCGGCUGCCCGCGGCGCCGCUGCCUAACCGCCCGCCCCAGCCCCGCGCUGCGCUGCCAGGUCCUCUCCCGGCGGGGCCGGAGCGGCGCGGACAUGGCUGGCCGCGCGCGCCGCCUGCUAGUUCUCCUCCUGGCUUUGCAAGGCAGCUGCUUGGGUUUCAGAAGCCCACUUUCUGUCUUUAAGAGGUUUAAAGAACCUACCAGAUCAUUUUCCAAUGAGUGUCUUGGUGCCACCAGACCAAUAAUUCCUAUUGAUUCAUCAGAUUUUGCAUUGGAUAUUCGCAUGCCUGGCGUCACACCUAAACAGUCGGAUACAUACUUCUGCAUGUCAAUGCGUUUGCCGGUGGAUGAGGAAGCCUUCGUGAUUGACUUCAAACCUCGGGCGAGCAUGGAUACUGUCCAUCAUAUGUUACUUUUUGGAUGCAACAUGCCUUCCUCCACUGGAAGUUACUGGUUUUGUGAUGAAGGCACCUGUACAGAUAAAGCCAAUAUUCUAUAUGCCUGGGCAAGAAAUGCUCCCCCAACCAGACUUCCCAAAGGUGUUGGAUUCAGAGUUGGAGGAGAGACUGGAAGCAAAUACUUUGUACUACAGGUACACUAUGGGGAUAUUAGUGCUUUUAGAGAUAACCACAAGGACUGUUCUGGUGUGUCUUUGCACCUCACCCGUCUGCCACAGCCUUUAAUUGCUGGCAUGUACCUUAUGAUGUCUGUUGACACUGUUAUACCACCAGGAGAGAAAGUGGUGAAUUCUGAUAUUUCAUGCCAUUAUAAAAUGUAUCCAAUGCAUGUCUUUGCCUAUAGAGUUCAUACUCACCAUUUAGGUAAGGUAGUAAGUGGAUACAGAGUAAGAAAUGGACAGUGGACAUUAAUUGGACGCCAGAGUCCUCAGCUACCACAGGCUUUUUACCCUGUGGAACACCCAGUGGAUGUUAGUUUUGGUGAUAUACUAGCGGCAAGAUGUGUAUUCACUGGUGAGGGCAGGACGGAAGCCACACACAUUGGUGGCACAUCUAGUGAUGAAAUGUGCAACUUAUACAUUAUGUAUUACAUGGAAGCCAAGCAUGCAGUUUCUUUCAUGACCUGCACACAGAACGUGGCACCAGAUAUAUUCAGAACUAUACCACCAGAGGCCAAUAUUCCAAUUCCUGUGAAGUCCGAUAUGGUGAUGAUGCACGGUCAUCACAAAGAAAUAGAGAACAAAGAUAAGACUGCUUUACUACCACAGCCAAAACGGGAAGAAGAAGAAGUGUUAGACCAGGGUGAUUUCUAUUCACUGCUUUCCAAGCUGCUAGGAGAAAGGGAAGAUGUUGUUCAUGUGCACAAAUAUAAUCCUACAGAAAAGGCAGAAUCAGACUCAGACCUGGUAGCUGAGAUUGCAAACGUAGUCCAAAAGAAAGAUCUUGGUCGGUCUGAUGCCAGAGAGGGUGCAGAACGUGAGGACAGGGGCAAUGCUGUUCUUGUGAGAGACAGAAUUCACAAAUUCCACAGACUAGAAUCUAAUUUGAGGCCAGCAGAGAGCAGAGUUUUCUCCCCGCCUGGUGAAAGUACCUGGGAACCAGAACACACAGGAGAUUUCCAUGUAGAAGAGGCACUGGAUUGGCCUGGAGUUUAUCUGUUGCCAGGCCAGGUUUCUGGGGUGGCUCUGGACCCUGAGAAUAACUUGGUGAUUUUCCACCGAGGAGACCAUGUCUGGGAUGGAAACUCUUUUGACAGCAUGUUUGUUUACCAACAAAGAGGACUUGGACCAAUUGAAGAAGACACCAUUCUUGUCAUAGAUCCAAAUAAUGCCGAAGUACUCCAUUCUAGUGGAAAAAAUCUGUUUUACUUGCCACAUGGCUUGAGUAUAGACAAAGAUGGAAAUUAUUGGGUCACAGAUGUGGCUCUCCAUCAGGUAUUCAAACUGAAUCCAAACAGUAAUGAAGGCCCUCUCUUAGUCUUGGGAAGGAGCAUGCAACCAGGAAGCGACCAAAAUCACUUCUGCCAGCCCACUGAUGUGGCUGUAGAUCCAGGCACUGGAGCCAUCUUUGUGUCCGACGGUUACUGCAACAGCCGGAUUGUGCAGUUUUCACCAACUGGAAAGUUCAUCACACAGUGGGGAGAAGCGUCUUCAGGGAGCAGUCCUAAACCAGGCCAGUUCAGUGUUCCUCACAGCUUGGCCCUUGUGCCUCAUUUGGGCCAGUUAUGUGUGGCAGACAGGGAAAAUGGUCGGAUCCAGUGUUUUAAAACUGACACCAAAGAAUUUGUGAGAGAGAUUAAGCAUGCAUCUUUUGGAAGAAAUGUGUUUGCCAUUUCCUAUAUACCAGGUUUGCUCUUUGCGGUAAAUGGUAAGCCUUUCUUUGGGGACCAAGAACCUGUUCAAGGAUUUGUGAUGAACUUUUCCACUGGGGAUAUUAUAGAUGUCUUCAAGCCAUUUCGCAAGCACUUUGACAUGCCUCAUGAUGUUGUUGCAUCUGAAGAUGGAACUGUGUACGUUGGAGAUGCUCACAUAAACACUGUGUGGAAAUUCACCUUGAAUGAAAAAAUGGAACAUCGAUCAGUUAAAAAGGCUGGCAUUGAGGUCCAAGAAAUCAAAGAAACCGAGGCAGUUGUUGAAACCAAAAUGGACAACAAACCCACCUCCUCAGAAUUGCAGAAGAUGCAAGAGAAACAGAAACUGAUCAAAGAGCCAGGCUCGGGAGUGCCCGUUGUUCUCAUUACAACCCUUCUGGUUAUUCCUGUGGUUGUCCUGCUGGCCAUUGCCUUAUUUAUUCGGUGGAAAAAAUCAAGGGCCUUUGGAGAUUCUGAACACAAACUUGAGGCAAGUUCAGGAAGAGUACUGGGAAGAUUUAGAGGAAAGGGAAGCGGAGGCUUAAACCUUGGAAACUUCUUUGCCAGCCGCAAGAGCUACAGUCGAAAAGGAUUUGACCGCCUCAGCACUGAGGGCAGUGACCAGGAGAAAGAUGAAGAUGAUGGAAGUGAAUCAGAAGAGGAGUAUUCAGCACCUCUGCCUGCACCACCAUCUUCCUCCUCCUGAAAACCGACUUUGGUUUAGGUUGAGUGAGAUUUACAAGAAUGCCAGAUUCCUUUCCCUUCAGCACGUUUAAAGUUUUGUGCAUUUAAUUGUAACCUGUACUAGUCUAGGUGGGACUGUACACAUUUUAUUUUCUUUUUGUUUGGUUAAGUUGGCUUCUGUUUUUAAUUGAAGAGUUUCCUAAAAGUUCAUAAGAGUGCCAUUGUCCUUGUAUGAACAUAGAAUAGAGAAGCAGUCCUCUUCUUCCAUUAUAGUACUAAUCUAAUGAUGGAAGUUUGCUCUUUUACAUUUUCGAGACUUUUUUGUGGAUGUAAAUAGCUCCAUUCUCUGCUUGGACACAGUAUUUUCCCAAUAGCACUCCCAUUGCCAGCGUCUUUCUUUGGUGCCUUUCCUGUUCAGCAUUCUCAGCCUGUGGCAGUAAAGAGAAACUUUGUGCUACACGACGACAAAGCUGCUAAAUCUUCUUCUAUUUUUUUAAAAUCACUAACAUUAUAUUGCAAUGAAAGAAAGAAAAAAGUCUCUAUUUAAAUUCUUUUUUUAAUUUUCUCCUUGGUUGAUGUAUUUCUGGGAUGUCUUAUUUUUAGAUGGUUACACUGUUAGAACACUAUUUUCAGAAUCUGAAUGUAAUUUGUGUAAUAAAGUGUUUUCAGAGCAUUA